AUGAAGGAAAAAGAUGCAAAUAAUCCACAAGUUCUUGUUGAUAAUGUAAAACAAGAAAGUAGACUGGCGAAUCUUUCUAAUGAUACUAAUAAUAAACAAAGUUUUAUUUGGAAUUAUCUGGAAAAGUUACCAUCUACAGAUAAGUAUAAGAAACGUGUCAAGUGUCUUGUCAAAAUUUUUGGUCAACCUUGCGGACAUAUAAUGGGAUCUGAUGAUAGUACUGAAAAUUUUAUUUUUCAUUUAGCAAAGCAUCAUAUUAUACGCGAUAGUGAUCUAUCACAGAAUAAUGAAAAUGUUGAUGAAAUUUAA